UCACCAGUGUGACAUAUUUCUCUAGGCAGCUAGCUAAUUAGUUGUGGGCAUCGCGUUAGAAUAAAACAUGCGGAUAUUAUUUGGAGAUGCACACUAGCCAGUCAACGCUAGCGUGGUCAAUAUGAGAUUCUUGCGUUGCGAAAAUAAACGCCGAAGAAUAAAACAAGCUAACUGUCAUCUCAUUUCUCGUGACAGUACUACGCGUUGGAUCAGCUGCUCAGCUGUGCAAUGUUAACUGGUUUUAGGUUAAAUAAAACAGCUAGCUACAUCAUAAUAGUUGAUCAAGGGAAACUGAUGUGAUCCCGUUUACAGAAAAUUGACACCUCCCAUUAAACUAGCCAGCUAACUUGUAGUUAUGUGCGAUCAGAGAAACAUUCGAUACCCGGAAACCUUAAUUCAUUGAUUGUGACACUUGAAUUGAGUUUGCUGUCGUAAAUCGAAAAUUUUGCUUGUCGUUAUUUGUUCAUUCAAUCGAAAUUGCGUCUGUGUGGGACAGUAAUCUACCCGCAUAAUGCUGAGAAAUUUUAUACUAGUGGGCAUUUCUGCAAUUGUAGCCGCUUUGCUUGGAUUCUAUGAUUUUCAUGCUAUCUAUUCCAAUGCGGUGUCGUUGCUAUUGUCAGUCGGAACACCCAAAGAAACAAUGCAACUUUUCAGGGAAAAGGAUCUCUCGUUGUAUGAUGGAGAAUCGGGAAGUAGAGGACUCUACCUUUCUAUCCUGGGACAGGUGUUUGAUGUUGGUAAAGGGAAUAAGCAUUAUGGACCUGGUGGCGGUUACCAUUUCUUUGCAGGGAAAGAUGCGUCACGUGCCUUUGUGACAGGAGACUUCACAGAGACUGGACUGACAGAUGAUGUGUCUGAUCUCACCCCCUCUCAAGUGGUGGCUCUGUUCGACUGGUUGGCUUUUUAUCAGAGGGAUUAUGAACCAGUAGGCAGGCUGGUUGGGCGAUACUACGACAAGAAUGGACAGCCCACGGAAGCUUUGCGGCAGGUGGAGGCGGCGCUGGCGGAGGGACUGAAACUCAAGGCCGAGGCCCAGACCCAGAGCAAACGCUUCCCGUCCUGCAACUCUGAGUGGAGCGCUGCCACCGGCGGCAGGGUGUGGUGUUCCACAGCGAGUGGUGGGGUGCACAGGGACUGGGUGGGUGUCCCCAGGAAGAUGUUCUCCCCUGGAAGCAGCAGCUCUCGCUGUGUGUGUGUGCAGAGCAGUGACCCCACAGAGCUGGACAGCCCCAACCUGCAGGUGUAUGAAGGCUGCCCCCCACUCGCCCAAUCCUGCACGAUCAAAAGCUUCUGAAACUGCCCAGGCCUCAAGGCUCAUAGAGCCCAUAGAGAUAUGGAUCCUGUCUGCUGGAAAAGGUGCUAAUCGUAUUAAGCUUCCACUCAUCUUGGGCAGCUACUUA